AAAUUUUGGAAUUAAAGAGAUUGAUGCAGAAAUAUUUGCUAAUAUCAAGUCAGAAUGUCAAGUAAACCUACCAAAUCUUGUUAUACUAGAAUCUAGGCCAGCAUCUAAUAAUAAUAAAAUCAUAUUCGAGUCAAUUGACAUAUUUUUAAAAAAUCUUGGUCAAGAUAUCAUUGAUUUAGCAUGUAAUGCCACUAUUUUUAGCAGAACUAAAUUAUAUAAAAUAAAAAUUUAA